AUGGCUGGUUUCCUCUCAGACCUGGUUCAGUACCGGAGGCUGUGGCUAAUGAUUGUGGUGCUGGGAAUUGGUGGAACCCACCUCUCUGGUUUUCAAAUGUCUGUGAUCAAUUACACUUCUCCGUACAUUCAGAAGUUUAUCAAUGAAACCUGGCUGGAGCGGUACGGUUCAGCGCUGCCUCAGGAGACCCUGAUGCUGCUGUGGUCCUUCAUCGUGUCAAUGUACUGCAUUGGUGGGAUGGUAGGGUGUCUGUGCAGUGGGUACCUGACUGCAACUUUUGGAAAGAAGAAAUGCCUGCUGUUCAAUGACGUGGUGCUGAUCGUAGCCGUGCUGCACACUGGCUUCAGCAGGAGAGCCAAGGCUUUUGAGAUGAUCCUGGUUGGGCGCUUCCUCGAGGGCAUCGCUGCUGGAAUUCACAUGAAUGCCCAUGUUCAGUAUGCUGGAGAGAUCUCACCUAAGAAGCUGCGUGGAUUUAUAAAUGUGACCUCCACAGUGUUUCUUGCACUAGGAAAAACUGUAGCAAGGAUUCUUGGAUUAAGAGAUCUUUUAGGAACUGAAGACAUGUGGAAUGUGCUAUUGUCCUUCUCUGGGUUGGUGGCAUUAAUUCAACUGCUCUUUUUGCCAUUCUUUCCUGAGUCCCCACCCUACCUCUUGAUGCAAAAAGAAGACAAAGCUGGUUGCUUGAAAGCCAUGAAGCAACUCUGGGGAGAAGGGAAUUAUCACACAGAAUUUGAUGACUUGAUGAAGGAAAAGGCUAUGACAAAAGGCACCAAAAUCAUGAAUGUCCUAGAGGUGCUGAGAGAACGAUCUGUGCACCCACAGCUGUGCACCAUGCUCCUCCUUUUGCUGAGUCUGCAGCUCUGUGGCCUCAGUGCAAUCACCUUUUACACCUCAGAAAUUUUUUUGACAGCCAACCUGCAUGAGAGCAUAAUCCCAUACGUAUCUCUAGGAGUUUCAAUCUCUGAACUCAUCUCUAUCGUGUUCUGUAGCUCCAUAAUCGAUCGGUUUGGACGCCGAACGCUCCUGUGUGGUGGUUAUUUGCUGAUGGCACUGAUCCUGGUGCUGCUUGAAACGAGCCUUCUGCUGAGUGAUCAGUUCCUCUGGCUGCGUUACUGCAGUGUUAUUCUCAUUUUUUUGUUCAUCAUUGCUUAUGGAAUAGGACCAGCUGGAGUUGUUAUAGCUGUCAUGAACGAAAUCUUCACCCUCUCAACAAGGGCCUCUGCUUUUGUCAUUGGUGGAAUUGUCAUUUGGCUAGGCCUCACCUUCACUGGAAUGAUUUUCCCCUUUGCUGUGAUGCUUCUUGGUCCUUUCUGCUUCCUCAUCUUUAUUGUUGUCCUGCUCAUUUCAGCGGCUCUUAUCUACCUGUUCCUCCCAGAAACAAAAGGGAAGUCAACCUCUGAAAUCACAGAAAAUUUCAAAACCUGCCAGUUUAAGAGGAAGCGUCAUCAGGCUGUGGAGAUGUAUGCUGCUGAAGAAAAGACAUUUUGCACCAAGCUCUGAUAAGCCACCAUAAGUAAUUUCCACUGUUCAGGCAUAACAUGUCAAUUGUAUUUCAAGUUUUUCUCCAUUGCUAUCAUUUUAAAGCAGCAAGA